GUGCGAUGUGACUGGUAUGUGUAUGCGUUUCUGUCAUCCUUACCUUGGGUGGGGAAGGAGCUCUAUGAGAAAAAGGAUACUGAAAUGGAGCAGAUCUUGUCUACUGUUGAAAACUAUCUGAAACGGCGUCAGAAGAACCACGUGCCCAUGCUACAAGUUUGGUCUGCUGAUAAACCACAUCCACAAGAAGAGUACUUAGAUUGCCUUUGGGCUCAGAUUCAGAAAAUGAAGAAGGACCACUGGCAAGAGAGGCACAUUCCAAGGCCAUACCUGGCGUUUGACAGCGUGCUUUGUGAAGCGCUGCAGCACAACCUGCCUCCUUUUACGCCCCCACCCCACACCGCAGAUUCCGUUUACCCGAUGCCAAGAGUCACCUUCCGAAUGUUUGACUACACUGAUGAUCCUGAAGGACCAGUUAUGCCUGGGAGCCACUCUGUUGAAAGAUUUGUGAUUGAAGAAAACCUCCACUGCAUCAUCAGAUCAUUUUGGAAAGAGAGAAAGACAUGUGCUUCCCAAUUAACCAGCUAUCCAGGAAACAACAAGAUCCCUCUGAAUUACCACAUUGUUGAGGUAAUUUUUGCUGAGUUGUUUCAGCUUCCUAUUCCGCCUCACACGGAAAUCAUGUACACUACGCUUUUUAUUGAACUCUGUAAACUUCAGCCUGGAUCUUUACCUCAAGUUCUUGCACAAGGUACGGAAAUGCUGUACAUGCGCUUAGAUACAAUGAAUACCAUCUGCAUAGAUCGGUUUAUGAAUUGGUUUUCCCACCAUCUUAGUAAUUUUGAGUUCCGUUGGAGCUGGGAAGAUUGGUCAGAUUCUGUUUCUGAGGUUCUUGACAGACCCAAGCCUAAGUUUGUAAAAGAAGUACUGGAAAAAUGCAUGAGGCUUUCCUACCAUCAGCGAAUAAUAGAUAUCGUUCCUGCUAGUUUUUCAGUCCUUACUCCGGCAAAUCCAGCAUGUAUUUAUAAAUAUGGAGACGAAAGUAACAAAUCUCUUCCUGGAUACAACGUUGCACUCUGUGUAAGCAUUGCCAUUAAAAACAAAGCAAGUAAUGAUGAAAUCUUCGCCAUUCUGAAGGAUGUGCCCAAUCUGAAUCAGGAUGAUGAUGAUGAUGAAGGCUUCUCAUUCAAUCCUUUAAAAAUAGAAGUUUUUGUCCAGGCACUAUUGCACUUCGCGUCAAAGUCAUUCAGUCACUCCUUCAGUGCUCUGGGAAAAUUUCGAGAAGUCCUCAGAACUUUGGCUGAAAGUGACGAAGGGAAGCUUCACAUUCUCAGAGUGAUGUAUGAAGUAUGGAAGAAUCAUUCUCAGAUGAUUGCUGUACUGGUGGAUAAAAUGAUUCGAACACAGAUUGUGGAUUGCGCUGCAGUGGCAAAUUGGAUUUUUUCUCCAGAGCUAUCUCAUGAUUUUACAAGAUUUUAUAUUUGGGAGAUCUUACACUCUACCAUUCGUAAGAUGAACAAGCAUGUGAUGAUGAUCCAAAAGGAGCUAGAAGAAGCCAAAGAAAGAUUAGCCAAGCAAAAGAAAAGACGUGAUGAUUCUCGAAGGAAUGAGAGAGAAAGUUGGCCCCUUGAAGAACAGAUUGAACGCUUGCAAGAAAAAGUUGAAUCAGCUCAAAGUGAACAAAAAAACCUCUUCCUUGUAAUAUUCCAGCGUUUUAUUAUGAUCCUAACUGAACAUCUAGUACGAUGUGAAACAGGAGGGAUCGAUGUAAUUACACCUUGGUACAGGAACUGUAUAGAGAGGCUGCAGCAAAUUUUCUUACAGCAUCAUCAGAUCAUCCAACAGUACAUGGUGACCUUGGAGAACCUUCUAUUUACUGCAGAAUUGGAUCAUCACAUACUGGCUAUAUUUCAGCAGUUCUGUGCACUCCAGGGCUGAGUAACUUUUUUUUUUUGUAUAGGACUUAAUUUCAUCUUGUUAAGUUUAAGAUGGAUUCUUUGAUAAGAAAGGAAAAAAAAUCUUUUAAUCUGAAAAUACAUUAGCUGUGCUGUCCUAGAUAAACUACGCAGUGCUUGAAUGGGAUGACUUGGGGCAGUAGGGGCCUUAUGCUAGUUAUGAUUGCCAGGUGAUUGGGAUGAAAUAAUGCGUAGAUUUCUAAUUUUGAAAUGGUUUGAAUGUUGACUCUGCCAUAGCAUCUGCUUUGUUCCCUCCUAUUGUUUGUAUAAAAAAUAAAAAAUAGAUAAUAA